AUGGAUGUUACAAAAAUCCUCAACAACAAAAUCAAUUCUCUUCUUCAAAUACAAGCAGAUAAUGGGGGAAGGAAGUUCGUUACUGGAGUAGAGAUGGAGUACUUGUUGAAGUCUCGGGAGAAUUGUUUUAGAAGCUUGGUUGAAAGCCUUGAACAGAAACAGGUCGAAAGGUUGGUUGUUCACUCCAAAAGCUUUGAUUAUGAAAUUCAGAAGCUUUGUGAUGUGGCCAAGGAGCGUCAUGAUAUUUUCAUUGAACAAAUUACGAAGAUGAAAGACUUGGUGGAUCUUAAGGUGGUGGAACUCAAGUCGGAGAUGGCUAAAGAGGUUGAAAAGAUGGAAAAGAAUUACACUUUGUUGCAUAGCAAAGUUGAUGUUGUUGCAACUGCUAUCAAAAAGUUGAUUCUCAGGAGUCAAUUUCUCAAUUGA